AUGUCUCGCCCGAACAUCAAUGCGCCAAUACCCUCAUACGAAGAAGCCGUCGUCGCGCCUCGGCCCACCACCACACCACGACCCCUAUCUGAGCCCGAAGCUGCCGAGCAAUCCCCUACCGAUCCAGCUCCACCACCCGCUGUGGUGCCAGUAUCACCCCCACCUGAACUACCCCCAGCCUACGCCGUCGUCGACGAAAAGGCUACAACCUUCACCAUCUACGGCACCUUCAUCCAUACCCCCAAUGCGCCCGCCUAUCAGAUCUCCUCCCUUCUCGAUGCACGAAUCAACAAGCUCCGCAUACGGAGAUUGCGCGCAGAGGAAGUCACGUUGCUACAAUCCGGCGCGCCGACGGUUGCCUUCGAUAGUAGCAGCGUCCUUUAUGAGGCACAUGACCCGCCCUUCCUCAUCAACGAGUAUUAUAUUCAAGGCAAAGCAGGCAGCACACUGCCUGGGGCUUUACAAUUACGUUUCGGGCUACGCCGGUGGCAUGUCGUGCAUAUGCCCACGCAAGGCAGUCGACCAAAUGAGAUCAUGACUUGCGGGAAACCAGGAGGAUUUACAAAAGCACUUAAGCAAAGAAAGAAUGAGUUGGAACCUAGUCAAUGGAAAGACAGCGAGGGUCAUAUUAUUGCAACAGAGGUAUUGAAGAUGGGCCCAGGAGGCAAGAUGCCGACGAUUGAGUUGAGGGACGAUCUAGAUCAGACAUGCAGGGAGUUGGUUUUGGCUCUUUGGGUCAGUCGGCUCUGGGCCGCUUUUGGAGCAGGGAGCGGAUACGUCCAAUGA